UUGGACUGCCCACCGUUGGGCACUUCCGCCGGGCUCGGGUUUCCUUCGACUCGGCAUUUAAAUUGAGCUGCAGGACGUCAGCUGCUGCUACAUUCAGCGCAGUGCUAUUACAGAAAAUAGCCAUUAUCACUAGCAAAACAGGCUCCUUUUAUUUUUUAACACAAAAACAACAGAAAUAACUGUUGGUCCUGGGUUGUUCUUUGGACAGUAGAGCGGUUGAACAAUAACGCUGCUUGAGCUCUGACAGCAGCUCGGUGCAUCAUUGUGGGGAUUCCUGUGCUAGCUGUUGGACAAGACUGAAUAGCGGUAACGUGAUUUUGUGCAUGAGCGGAAUGAUUUAACUGACUGAUAGAGAUUGGUAAACAAAACCAAACUUAUUGAAUGCAGUGUUUUUUUGGCCCGGGGGCAAGUGUGGCCUGGCCUGGGACGACCGAUGGACUAACGUUGCAUGAUGAGAGUGCAUUUAAAGGGUCAGGUUUAAAUUCUGAUUAAAAUAUACAACAGUUUGGAUUUCUGUUGUAGACAUUAACGUAGACAAAAAUCUUAAAUUUUCUUUCAGCUGGGGUGGAUGUAACAUCCCUCAGUAUCAUCAAUAACAAGUCUUCACCCAUUCUAGUGAAGCACGAGAGACUUUAACUGUUAUUUCAUCUAUAUACAAUUUUCUUGAGACUAAUGUGUGACCUUUUGAUUUUCCAAAACAGACUUUUUAAAGAGAUUUCAUCUUUUUUGCAACAAAAUUAUAGAUUUAUUUUUAGGGUGUUGUAGGCUACUAUACUUUUUGUGGGAUUUAAAGGUGGAUCUUAAGUUGAUGUUUUUUUUAAAUAAAUUGGAUAUUUCUUCUUGUCUUAAAUGUGAGGAAAUCUCUUUCAGCUUGAACUUAAUAGUAUCUGACCGAUACCUCAAGGAUAGAUAAUUCACAGUCACUCAACAACAAAAUAAGCUGUCACAGGUGACAAGCAACAUCUUAAACCAGUUACACUUAUCAAAAGGCUUUAACAACAAGCAACCAGCAAUCAUGUUCAGCUGGCUUGGAAGCGAUGACAGGAGGAAGAAGGAUCCGGAGGUCUUUCUGACCGUCAGUGAGGGACUGAAGAAGCUCUACAAAACCAAACUCCUGCCGCUGGAGGAGAGCUACAAGUUUCAUGAGUUUCACUCUCCGGCUCUGGAGGAUGCAGACUUUGACAACAAGCCCAUGGUCUUACUGGUGGGACAGUACUCCACCGGCAAGACGAGCUUCAUACGCUACCUGUUGGAGCAGGAUUUUCCUGGAAUGCGGAUCGGCCCCGAACCCACCACUGAUUCUUUCAUCGCGGUUAUGCACGGCGAUACAGAAGGAGUCAUCCCCGGCAAUGCUUUAGUGGUUGACCCCAAGAAGCCCUUCAGAAAGCUGAACGCAUUUGGAAAUGCAUUCCUUAACAGAUUUGUGUGUGCCCAACUGCCUAACCCAGUGCUGGAAAGCAUCAGUGUGAUUGACACACCAGGAAUUCUGUCAGGAGAGAAACAGAGGAUCAGUCGAGGCUAUGACUUUGCGGCUGUCUUGGAGUGGUUUGCAGAGCGAGUGGACAGGAUCAUAUUACUGUUUGACGCUCACAAACUGGACAUCUCUGAUGAGUUCUCAGAUGUGAUAAAAGCCCUGAAGAAUCAUGAAGACAAGAUCAGGGUUGUGCUGAACAAGGCUGACCAGAUAGAGACCCAGCAGUUGAUGAGAGUGUAUGGUGCCCUAAUGUGGUCACUGGGGAAAAUAGUCAACACCCCUGAGGUGAUCCGCGUCUACAUUGGGUCAUUUUGGUCCCACCCUCUGUUGAUUCCAGACAACAGGAAGCUAUUUGAAGCAGAGGAACAGGACCUAUUCAAGGACAUACAGUCUUUACCAAGAAAUGCAGCGCUUAGAAAACUCAACGAUCUGAUUAAGAGGGCAAGACUAGCCAAGGUCCAUGCCUACAUUAUCAGCGCGCUGAAGAAAGACAUGCCCUCUGUGUUUGGGAAGGAAAACAAGAAGAAAGAACUGAUCGGCAGCCUGGGAGAUAUUUACAAACGCAUAGAGAGAGAGCAUCAGAUAUCACCUGGAGAUUUUCCUAAUCUGAAGAAGAUGCAGGACCAACUCCAAGCUCAGGAUCUCAACAAAUUCCAGCCUCUGAAACCCAAACUCCUGGAGGCAGUGGAGGACAUGCUGGCCCACGACAUCGCUGGCUUGAUGGUCCUGGUCCGCCAAGAAGAAAACCAGCGUCCCAACCCAGUUGUGAAGGGUGGUGCGUUCGACGGCACUAGGGACGGCCCGUUUGGUCACGGGUAUGGCGAAGGAGCCGGUGAGGGCAUCGACGAAGCAGACUGGGUCGUCGCACGUGACAAACCUGCUUACGAUGAGAUUUUCUACACAUUGUCUCCCGUCAAUGGGAAGGUGACAGGAGCCAAUGCCAAGAGGGAGAUGGUGAAGUCAAAACUGCCCAAUACGGUGCUAGGAAAGAUCUGGAAGCUGGCCGACAUCGAUAAGGAUGGGUUGCUUGAUGAUGAGGAAUUUGCGUUGGCCAAUCACCUGAUAAAAGUGAAACUGGAGGGACAUGAACUGCCAUCGGACCUGCCUGCACACCUGGUGCCUCCUUCCAAGAGGAAAAUACCUGAGUAAAUGUAAGAUUACAUCAUCCCAUACCCCCAAAACCUAUUACCCCUUCACCCAGAAGAAAAUUCAAAUAGGAAUAUUUCUGUAGCAAAAUGGCAAAAUAUUAUUUUUUGAAAAUAUUUAGAGCCCAUUUACACCUCUAUUAUAUUCUAACCUACUAUGUUGCUGUCAUACCCACAUCUGCAGUCUUUCCUUAGCAUCGAGAGGCAAAUAUUACUACAAAAUAUUCAGUCAA